GUCGGUGUGUGGGAAUGCUGGACAUCCACACGCAGCGAGGGAUUCGGCCGAAAGCGCUGCUCCUCAGCCACUGAGCCCUGCUGCUCCCCCCCGCUCGGAAUACACAGAUGUCAGAAGACAAGACAGACAAGGUAAAAAUCAAACCAGCAGAAAGUUUUGAACAUGAGAAGCAAAAUAUUUCUUGGCUGAAGAAAGACCGCCGUACCAGCUCCCUGCCUCUCCUGGCACUCCCUGGGGUGACACCGAGCAGUGAGGACCAUCCAGACAACCAGCUUACAAAUGAAAAACACACAGAUGAAAAGCCUAUGAAAGGUAUUGUUAUGAGUUCUGUCGCAGAAUUCAGCAUCACAGACGCUUCAUCAAAGGGCACCAAAAAUGAGAAGAAAUUGUCAGAUGCGAGCAGAUCAUCCAUUGCUUCCCUGGAGAAAUGCAGAGAAUUCACUUACAUUGAAGAUGACGCAUCAGUACAUCAGAGGGACAGUGAUGAUGAAUGUGCAACUCUUAUCCUGGCCUGCUUGUUCUGCCAAUUUUGGGACUUUCUUGUAAUGCUGCCUGAUACCUGUGAACAUUGGCUGACAGAUACCUGUUGUCCAUCCAAUAGAUAUUACCAGACCUCUGAGGAAGACCACGGCAACAACGACUGCAACUGUGACUGUGACAUUGAUUGCAGCCUUUUAGAGUCCUGCCAUGAGACUGGGGAAUGCCUGGAACUUGCCAUGGAAAUUUCUGAAGUCUGCUAUCGCUAAUAGGAAAACAAUUGAUAAAAUUCCUCAAAACUACCUGAAAGUGAACUGACAGAUUACAAAACAGAUUUUUUUUUUUAAAGAUAUUAAUAAUAACCAGAGAUUUUGCCAAUGAGGACUAUGAGCAUCUUGCUGCUCCCUCCCUGGAGGUCUGUAGAUCUGUACCGUUCCGGUUGUGUGAUUUCACAAGCUGCUGAAACCAAUAAAGGACAAAAAAGGGUCUUCUCCUUUGCCAUAGAUGACAACAGAAUUCCUAAGUGCCAAGCGUGCCACAUGCUUUACCCACAGUCAAUCCAAGGCUUUUAUAAACCUGUAAUUCCUUUAAUCACAGGUUUCCCCAUUCAUAAACACAGGACAAAUUAGGACAUU